UCUCAAAUCAAAAGAAAUCGCCGGAGAAGGUAAGUUCCGGAGAAAUAUAUAGUCGAAUACAUCUUUUUAUAUAGUUAUUAUCUUUAAUGGCUUCAUUUUCAACAAACUCAACCCUCAAGGUGAUCCUGGUUUCUGCCGGGGUUUUAAUUGCGGCACUGUCUCUGAAGCAUACAGUUCCGCUAGUCUCAGAUUUCAUCGUCUCCGAAGGCCCUUCUAUCUGGACCUUCAUGCUUACAUGCGUAAGACCUCCUUACCUCUACAUACUUAUGAACUGCAUCAUCAUCAGCAUCGUUGCUUCUUCCAGACUCCACCACCAGCAUAAACUCGACCAUACUCACUCGCCAGACUAUCCAGUGCUCCUUCCAUCCAUACAGACUCUCGAGACGGCACCGCUCAAGAUCUCCGAAGACUUGCCUACCGAGUACAAUACAGUGGUCCUUCCGCCUUCACAGAACCUUGAGCAGGAGCCGAUCAUGAUAUCCGGCGAUGUACGGAUGGAGUACGCUGUCUCCAAUGGCGUUGUUUCUGCGGCGCAUGUUUAUGACGCGAAUGUACAGGAACCAAAGACACUGAAGUUGAAGGAUAAUAAGGAAGUCGCGAAUCGCUCCGAUGAAGCGAAGAUUCACGUCAGGACAAGCUUACAGAGAAAGGACUCGUUGGAUUUGUCAUUUCAAAAUGAGAAUGAGAAACCCCCGGUUUCUGCCAGAUUCGGCCACCGAAAAGCCGUCAAAGCAGCCAGUCCUGAAGGAGGGAAGGCAGCUCUGGGAGUAAUAAGGUGAAGCGGCAGGACACUCUAGAGAGCACGUGGAAGAUGAUAACGGAAGGGCGUGCGAUGCCGUUAACCAGGCACCUGAAGAAGUCCGACACGUGCGACUCGCAGCUGCGUCGUAAUUCACCGCUGACGGACCAGAACGGCACGCCUGCCGUGAAGAAAUAUGAGACUUUCAACGGACGGAACAAAACACGGGGUGAGAACGCGUCGCCAAGCCAAUCGACGGGUUCCGGUUCAGGGAGGCUGAGGAAAGAGCCGUCGCUGAGUCAGGACGACUUGAACCGGCGUGUGGAAGCUUUCAUUAAGAAAUUCAACGAGGAAAUGAGGUUACAGAGGGAGGAGUCGUUGAGACAGUACCAUGAGAUGACUAGUCGCGGGGCUCACUGAAAACGUGCCAUCCAAUUUGGUGGGUAAUGGCCGAUGAAAGAUGCUUCAUCAUCGGCGGUGUAAAGUUUGCUUCUUUUUUAACCGCGCAAAAGAAUUUGGGACAAUUAUAUUAAAUUUCACUUAAGAAAAUUAAUUACUCAUUGAUCACUUUAAUAUAAUUUAAUUCAAUUAUUAAUCAACCUACAGUAAUUAAUUUUUUAUAUAAGAUUUAAAUGUAAUUCUCUCAAAAAAUUUCAACUUCAACUAAAAUUUAAAUGAUUAACUACAAAAAGCUUUUGUAGCGUAGUCAUCCAUACCAUGAAGGAAGGAUCGUGAUUUCUUUUGUACACAAAAUUCAAUUUGUUGUUACAACAAUAGAAAGUAAUGAAUUUCAAUUUGAAUAAGGUGUUUGCACUAUCAUUUUCUUGGUUGUAAUGUAUCUUUCUAUAUUAGCAUUUAGAAAAGCCGAAGGCAUGGAAGGCUCAGAUUUAGAAAGCAUCUAUAAAAAGAGAGUUGGGGGGGAAAAGAAAAUAGCGAAAGGAAAAAGGUUUUGCCUCAUUGGCAAAUGAUAAACCGAUUGCUUUGGAAGCUUACAGAAGAUUCCACGUCAUCCCGGCUCUCGAAAACAAGAUCCGCUUUCAUUUUCCCUUACUGUUGCCAUCAUUCUUGUUGCUUUUUGAUUAUAAACUAGAAACAAGGUGCCAUUAGAGGCUACAGAUAGUUCGAAA